CUCCUUCCCAGCCACGAACACAUACCUAGCUCACGACGCUACAGACGACGCUCUAGUAUACUAGAGUCAUAUGCUAUGGACAGUUACAGCUACGAAGAAACAUCGCAAUUUUCGCCCGUGUCCAGGACAGAUAAACAAUACCACAAAGGAAACACCUAUCGUGACUAUGUGGAGACUUUAUGCUUACGAAACCCAUGUUUGCUCAACCUUCAAAGCUUCCUGUCUUCAUCGUCGACAUAUCAAAGAAUUUGUCAGUUCACUGCACUGGAUUUUCGGGAGGGAAUAGCGAGACCGAUAGCACGGCGAAUUCCUGACAUUGAUCUGGUCCCCCAAGAGCUAAACGGAAUACGAGGAGCAAAUUCGGGCGAGAAAUCGGAACAUCGACAUCCGCUGCGAGGACGCAUUUUGAUCAUAGAGGAUCUUACACCAGAGGUCAUCGAGCUGGUCGGGACUUCUCUGGAUAUUGAUCCGCUCAUGUUUGCUUUGCACCUGCACACGACGCAAAGAAAUGACGCACGCUCUCAAACUCCCGACGAUGCAACAUUGCCUUCCCGACUGGUCACCCAGAAUUAUAUGACAACAACAUAUCAUCGACCUCUUAUCUGCGAUCAAAAGUUUACUCUGGGAGGUAAAUUCGAGCGGGACAUGGCUGUGACCCGAAAAUCGGUGUUCAUUCGCUCUACACCCAUCGGCCUUGCUCAGCACUCUGUGUCUGUAAUUAAAGUGCGAGAAAAUAGUGAUUUUUGGAUUGCGUUAUUGCUCGUAGAUCCACCCAUCAGCAGCAUUCACUAUCAUUCGGGCCAGAAAGAGAAAAAUGGGCCUCGAAUACACCUGUCGCUACGACCGUAUCUAGGGAGUCACGAAGAUUUCCUGGACGCGCCAAAAUAUUCGAGUGACUGGGCAGAGAUGGAUGAUUUCCCUCCACGUGACGGCAUGGCAUCUGAGAUCGUGCAGUAUUGGAAGCGUACCACUCCGCCUUGUUUCGACUUAAGAGACCCAAGCCUCGAAUCUCUGGCCUACUACCCCCUUAGAGUAGUCGCUGGAGAAUGGGUCAAGUAUGUAGCAGUCAUGCAACACUGCAUAAAGAUGUACGAAUAUCGAGGCGACCAGCUACCAAACCUCGACCAGUUCAACAUGGAUCUAAGAGAGCUUCAAGGCUGGCGACGACGGAGCAUGGUAUCGCAGCAAAAGGUACGCUCGAUCAUACGCCAACUCAAAGCUCGUCAUACACUGGGGACCAAGAGAGAACCCGACCUCGAUUUUCUAAUCGAAGACUUUGAAGUCAUCAGUAACAACAUCAAAAGCGCUGGCAAACGAUUAGAAAACAUGUUACCAGUCGUAACUUCACUCGUCCAAAUAAUCGAUGCCCGACAGUCCUUCGCUGAAACGACAAACAUUAGUCGACUGACCAUUCUGGCGCUCAUUUUUGUCCCCUUGAGCUUCGUGUCCACCUUGUUCAGUAUGAACGAUGACGUGGCCCCUGGCGCAAAAGGAUUCUGGGUAUAUUUCGCGGUUGCAAUUCCCAUCACAGCUCUCGUCUACCUUGUCGCUAGACCGCCCACUAAAGCUGUUUCAAAAGGUCGUGAGUGGCUUAAGCUUGGCAAGGAGCAGCCUUCGCUAUUAACAAGGGCUUUGAGCACCGGCCAGACUAGAAACGACAAGGCCGCAGAAGCAUAA